UUGUGGUUUUUGUUUACACAUUUUCACAGCAGAAAAGCCUAUAAAUUGCCUUGUUGGUCAGGAAAAUAUCUCAUUUUAUCAGUCGCUGUUUAGUUAAAAAGUUAAUUGGUGCUAUCAUUUCCACAAUUAGAAUGAGUGGCGAGUCGAAAUACCUCCGCGUGGCUCUUCUUCAGCUGAAAGUCGGUAAGAAUAAGGAGGAAAAUGUCUCACGUGCCAUUGCAAAGAUUCGUUCAGUUGUCACGGAUCAUGGACCAAAAUCUUCCUCGUGGACGUCGAAGAAUAAGAAUUUUCUCGCCAUUCUCCCGGAAUGCUUCAACUCUCCGUACGGUGUGAAGUAUUUCAAUGAGUACGCUGAAACCGUACCCGAUGGCUAUACGUCGCAAGAGCUAUCAAAAAUUGCCAAAGAAUUGGGAAUCUACCUCAUUGCUGGAUCAAUUCCCGAAAGAGAAUCCGCGGGAUCGUCCAAGCUCUUCAAUACCUGCACAAUUUGGUCCCCAGAGGGGAGUCUCAUUGAUAAAUAUCGCAAAAUGCACCUCUUUGACAUAGAUAUUCCCGGACAGAUUCGUUUUCAGGAAUCAGAGACACUCAGUCCAGGAAACAAUUUGGUCACAUUCACCAUUGAUGAAGCAAAGAUUGGUCUUGGGAUUUGCUACGAUAUGCGAUUCGAAGAGCUGGCACGUCUUUACAGACUCGACGGAUGCAACUUCCUCGUAUAUCCGGGUGCCUUCAACAUGACCACGGGACCUCUCCAUUGGACUGGACUACAGUGUGGUAGAGCCACUGAUACACAAUCUUAUGUAGCCACAGUGUCUCCAGCACGUGUUGAAGGAUCUGACUACGUUGCCUACGGGCAUUCCUCCAUUAUCGAUCCCUGGGGGAAAAUUCUCGUGGAUGCUGAAGCAGAAGAGAAUACUGUUGUUCGGGAUUUAGAUUUUGCGGAAUGUGAAAAAGUUCGUGAGCAAAUUCCGAUUUUCAAGCAGAGACGGGAAGAUAUUUACAGAACCGUGAAGGUUACAUUCUAAGGGUUCUAAGGAAUAAAAAAGUCAUAAAGAUUUAUUUUUUCUAUUAUAAUUAAUAUGGGAAAUAUUAAAUAAAAAAAAGGUUUUUGCAA